AAGCAACACCCCAGUGUAAUUAAUGAGUCUAUACGACCGGGCAGUGCGAGAGAAGGAGGGGACGGACGGAGAGAGAGAUGCAGAUGAGGAGAGGAAGCAGCAUCCAUCUUGUCUGCCCUAUGCUGAGCGUCAUCGCCGCCUCGUUUUAACGCCUUGGGAUUAUGAAACCUGCUGUAAUCUGAGCCAAAACCCCCGCAGGUAAAGCCGCUGUCACGCCCUUCCUCCCUCAGCAUCCUCGGAUACAUCCACUGCCGGUCCAGUGCGUCACAUUUGAUCUUCUGGCGUCCUUUCAUCUGCAGAUCAGUCAUCACUUUUCUGCCUUAUUGCAGCUGAUGGACUCAACAGCAAACGCGCAAACUGUCGCUCUUUAUUUCUCUUUAGAAUAAACUUUUUUUUUUUUUCUGUUUGCUUUUGGUACCGGGUCAGUCAAUAAAUCUGCGGCUUGUCCUAUGCGGCCUUUUGCAUAGACUGUGCGAUCGUUUUUGUCACCCUUGUCCCCUAGUCACCCUGUCGAUGACAGCCAGGGUGAGAUAACGCGGCGCUGAGCUGUCCCUUAUUUCCACCGGGGACUCCGACCUCCACGUCUCCGUUGAUGCGGUGCGCCUGGGUGCUCGCUCUCCCCUUCCCCUGGCCGGCCUCCCACCCCCUGGUCCGGGGGGGCUCCUGCCCGAGACGAGGCAGGAUGGUGCGGGUGGUCAGCGCCUUGGGUCUGAUCAUAUUCAGCGUGGCACUGCUCAUCCUUUCCCUCAUCAGCUACGUGUCCAUUAAGAAGGACUUCCUGCUGGGAACCCCGAGAUACGGACCCAACGGAGGACCCAGGAUGUACAUGUUUCAUGCGGGCUUUCGUGAGAGGCCACCUCGCAAACCCGACCUGAGCUCCCCGUUGGCAAUGAAGUAUCUGGAUCCAGCUUUCACUCCUCUGGCCAGCGCCCUUAGUGACGACAUGCAGAACUCAUCUAAAUGGAGGUACAACAGCUCUGCUUUUACACAGCUGAGGAGGGAGAUAUCUCAAUAUAUUGACAUCCCCCACAACUUUACGCUGACUCGGGACUCCGUCAAAGUGGGACAGCUGAUGCACUAUGACUACUCCAGUCACAAGUAUGUCUACUCCAUUGGGGAGAACUUCCGCUCACUCCUUCCAGAGGUCUCGCCAAUCCUCAAUAAGCACUACAAUGUCUGUGCUGUGGUUGGCAACAGUGGCAUCCUCACGGGCUCCCGUUGUGGCUCUCAGAUUGAGAAAUUUGACUACGUCUUCCGUUGCAACUUUGCACCAACGGAGCUCUUUAGGAAGGAUGUAGGACGGCGCACCAACAUGACAACCUUCAAUCCCAGCAUCCUGGAGAAAUACUACAAUAAUUUGCUGACUGUUCAGGACAGGAACAACUUCUUCCUCAGUCUGAAAAAGCUGGAUGGUGCCAUCCUUUGGAUACCUGCUUUUUUCUUCCACACGUCGGCCACGGUGACGAGAACACUGGUGGACUUCUUCGUGGAACAUCGCAAUCAGCUGAAGGUCCGACUAGCCUGGCCUGGGAACAUCAUGCAAUACAUCAACAGCUACUGGAAAACGAAGCAGCUGUCACCGAAGCGCUUGAGCACCGGCAUCCUGAUGUACACGCUGGCAUCAUCCAUGUGUGAUCAGAUUCACCUCUUCGGCUUUUGGCCCUUUGGCUGGGACCCCAACACGGGGAAAGAGCUGCCGUACCACUACUACGACAAGAAGGGCACCAAGUUCACCACCAAAUGGCAGGAGUCCCAUCAGCUGCCCGCCGAGUUCAAACUCCUCUACAAGAUGCAUAUGGAGGGACUGCUGAAGCUCUCCCUCUCCCACUGCGCUUAGCAGUGUCACUGCGGCUGCGGGAGUGCACGUUCAAAUCACCAAGCAGCACAAGCAGCACAAGCAGCACAAGCAGCACUUCCACAGACCCGAGUGACAGAAGUGCAGGGUUCAUGCAGUGAAUCUUGACUGGUAAGGAUGAGUCGGUGAUCUCAAGAUCCCACGGCAAAUGGACUGCGACAAUAAACAAGGAUUAUAUCGAUUUUCUACUUCUUAAGAAUAAAUAGUAAAAUGAUAAUGCUAUGAUUUCUUUCUUUCUUUUCUUUUGAAGAAUUUCUGGCAAUGUUGCUGUACAACAAAGUAUGACAAGGUUUCUCUUGUUUUCAUGCUGUUUCAAUCUCUACGUAAAGGGAGGCUACAUCUGAGUGUCGGUGUCACCACUGACCUGAUAAAGCUGGGGUCACAGGCCACUCACGUUGAGACCUCCCUUAGCAAUAUAAGCCAGUGAGAUAUGCAGAAGCAAAGGCUUCUAAUUGACUCGAAUGAAUCUCUGGUGAUUUUCCAGAGUUAUAAUGUCCCGUCUCUUAAUGCUGGUGUUUGUUGAUCCUUUAAAAGUUCAUGUCUGCAGUUUUAUUCCCCUGGGGUUAAAGGUUUGCUGGUAUCAGAAGAAACAGGCAACAACAGGCAAACUCCUUUCAUUCUUUAAAGAGUCAGUGAUUUCAGAUUCAUCCUACCUUAAGUUCAUCUUUAAGUUUAUCUUUAAUAACGUGGAUAAGUUCUCAUGUGUAUAGAAGAACAAAAGAGAGGAUAAAACAGUUUUCUUGUCUCUUUGACAGGAUCCGGAAGUGGCCUAAAUGACAUGCUGCAUAGAUGUCUUCCACAUUAUAAGGGAUAUAUCUCAUAAUUGCUCCAGUCUAUGCAUCUUACUCUCCUGGGUUGCAUUUUGUGUUGUCUGAUAAUAGUAUUAGUCGUACAUCUGCAGUCUUGUGAAGACAAGUGGAUAUCAUCCACCCACUUUGCAUUUAACGCAGCGCUCCCAGUCAGAAAAUACAGUCACAAGGAAACAUACAGUCAC